AUGGUCGCCGAUCACACCAACGAGCCCCGCAGCUCAAUGUCGUUGUCGGAGAGUAAUGCUUCCUCAUUGUUCACUCGUCGAGGGAACGCGGGAAGCAAUGCAGCGGCGUCCAACACCAGGCGUCACAGCACCUAUUCAUUGCACCGGUUCCCUUCCCUUACUUCAGUGACCGAGCUAUUUCAAGGAAGACCCCGAGCUCGGUUGGGACCAACUCAUAUGCGUCGCAAGAUCACCCAUCUCUUCAACCCCAACCAGCAUCGACGGUCUUCCUCCGACACUGCUUUCCUCUCAGCCGACAUUGCAUCUGCUCGCCAGGGCAUCGCUGCGCCUGUGGUACCCCCGCCUCUGCCACUGGAUGGCUCGUCCUUCGUGGACGACUGGUCAGACAUCGCCCGCGAUAUCGAGUGCGCGGUCACCUCCCGCCGGCAUCCCACCUCUUCAGUUUCGAUUGGUACUCGACCUUACUCCUGCCCUGCUCCGAUUUCCUCAGCUGCCCCUAUUAUAUUCGAGGAGCCACCUUCUUUGGCCAUGCCUCCCUCUCAUCGCAGACAUCGCAGUUCUGCAGGGCGCCGAAGCAAGCAGACGAUCACCAAGGAACUUGUCCUCUCCAGCGCCAAACCCUCCACCGAAAGCAUCAGCCGUGCGCUCUCUGCGAUCGUCGAGAUUUCCUUCGAAACUGAUGUUGUUGAUAUCGUAGGCUGCCCGAGCAUGUCAGUAACCUACAGUCUCCCAGGAUCCGUCUUCUUGACCUUCCCGGCCUUGCCAGACGUCGACCGUGAGUAUGUGCGACUGCUCCACGAUGUAAGCGUAGUCCUAGAGGGGAAGGCUGAGUAUUGGGAUGAUUAUGGUCGAUUCAGCCCCUUUCGCCUAUUCACGACCACGCUGCCCCUCAUCCCUGCCGAUAGCCCGAUAACUAUCCCCUCCGCAGAUGCUGCUUCUGCCGACAGCCCUUUCGUUACAGUACGACUUGACUUUGACCUUCGCCUGCCUGGUUGGCUGCCUCCGUCCAUUCAGGUGUCGGGACGAGGUUCAUGCGCAGGGGUCGGGUACGGCGUCGUUGCCACGGCGGUCACCAGCUGGUGUGAUGGUCACCGGGCCGUCCCGACGCAUACACUAGCUGGCCUUCUUCAGAAGUCGUCGUGCUCACGGUACACCGAGUUCACGAUCCGCAGGCACCAGAUGCCGACGGCGAUCAUCCCCAACGCUUCUGUUGAGCAGCGCAGUUUCAUUCACACCGAGCAACAGACGUUCUCGUACGAUAUUCACAUGGGUACAGCGUUUCUUCCUGUCGAAGCCACCUUCACUGUCCCCGACGUUGUCGAUGUCUGGGGGGAUGAGCGGGCCCUUAACGUCGGAAUCCGAAUCCGCAUCCAACCCCAAGCGUACCAUGCCUAUCGCCUCAGUCAAGCGAUUUUGCACGGUGGCAUGAACGAUCCCGACCCAACAGUAGCGUAUAUCACAGAGUUGGGAAUGAUUGUGGAAGAGAGGCAGAGAUUUUCCUCUGCGCCAUUCUCUCAGUACACGGAUUAUUUCCCAGUCCCUCUUGAGCAGCCUGCCUACUCAAGCCAGUUCAGUCUGCUUGGUCCACGGUUUGCUCCCCAAGAAGAGACCGUGUUCUGUCCCAGUCCCAGCGUUCGUUGUCGCAGGGAUGUGCUCCGACCGUGCUUGCUCUCGGAGGAAGGUUGCCAACGGCAUUUUGUCUUCAGCGAUGGUGGGAUUGGGCUGAGCGACACCUGGCGUCGCAUCAACGUUGUUCUGGUGUUGCCGUCUCGUGACGGCCCCGGCCACUUUCGACCCCGGCCUGGUACUUUCACGCCGUUCGUCCACAUCUCGCAUGUGCUCAAGACCUUCUGCACACUGCGCACUCCAGGAGUCAAUCCCGAGACUCGACCCAUCACCUUCACGACGGCGGUCAAGUUUGCCUCGCACCCCGAGACAAUGCCGACCUCUGGACUCACCAACCCUCCGCCGUUCCUGCGGUUGUACGACGAGAGCGGCGAGCCCCGUGUACCCGACCCACUUCCUGUGUACGCAAAGAAGGACCCCAUGAGUCUAGCGGUGAAAGCGAUGCUCCUGCCGUCUGACAUUAUCAUGUCGCGCGAGUCCAGCGAGUCGAGCUCCGCCGAAACGGCCAUUUCCGAGCCGCCCAGUCCCGCGCUCAGUGAUAGCGCGAAUGUCGUCUUGCCCGAGAGUAUGCCGCUGCCCGAAACUGCCGCGGUAGCGCUGGCGAAUGAGUCCCCGAAGUCAACGCUGGGCCGUGCGAGUGGCUCCCGCCCAUGCCACCUCGCGCCUCACACGGUGAACGAACAGGUGUGA